CCCGAUAAAGCAAACUAGAUCUAGGCCAACAAAAGAGUAGAGCCUCUGAAUCAAAAGAAUUAAAAAUACAAAACAUGACCAUCCCAACUGUGCUAGUUUUACCUUAUCCUGCUCAAGGGCAUGUGAACCCCAUGAUAAUCCUCUCACAAAAGUUGGUUGAGAAUGGUUGCAAGGUCAUUUUUGUGAACACAGAAAUCAACCACAAGCGAGUGGUGAGUUCCAUGGUGGAGCAACAACAUAGCCUUGAUGAAUCACAAAUCAAGUUGGUCUCGAUCCCAGAUGGUUUAGGACCCGAUGAUGACAGAAACAAUUUGGGAAAGCUAUGUGAUGCUAUGCUAAGCACGUUGCAUGCUACACUUGAGAAGCUGAUUGAGGAUAUUCAUUUGAAAGGUGACAACAGAAUCAGCUUUAUUGUUGCAGAUUUGUGCAUGGCAUGGGUGUUGGAUGUUGGGGGUAAAUUUGGAAUCAAAGGAGCUAUAUUCUGGCCUGCCUCUGCAGCUGUGUUUGCCUUGAUAUGCAACAUCCCCAAGCUUAUUGAUGAUGGGAUCAUAAAUUCUGACGAUUUGGACCCGCUGGAGACGCUAAAGGUGCAGGAAUUGGAACACCGGAGGCUAUAAAACUUGUUUGGUCUUGUCACAGAGAAAUAAUAUAUGAUGUUGGGCCAGUGCCAAAGGAUUGGAAAAUUCCUCCACCCACUUGAAAAGGAAGUCCUAUGCGGGAACAAUGAAAUUAGGAAUGUAGAAGGGGAGGAAGUAUGUUAGCAUGUAGGGUAUUUCAAAGUCCAUCUUUGACGAUUUCAGUUUAUUUUUUUUUUUUAUACAAGUGUAUUUGAUCUUUUUUCAUUUGUUAGUGGUUUUGGUUUGAUCCACAAACUUGGUAUUUUUGUUCAUUUUUAAUAAUA